GAACUUUAGCGUUCAGCGCUCACUCAACUGAUUUUGUUGUUAAUACAUUUAUUGUUAGGAUGGCAACUCUUGUUGAUGCAAUACAGAGGAAACAGGAAAAGUUAACAGAAAGUCACAUUUUAGUUGGCCACAUACAAAAGACGUGUAGUCGUGACGGAUCGAAUAUUCUGUUUCCUACUCGGACAUUAACAAUGGACUCUCAAGAUAUAAAGAGCAUUGGUUGCAAGGAUGAAUUGCUAAAAGCAGCUGAACAUGUUAGGGAGUUAGAUUUGGCUUGUAAUCAGUUGUCUUCAUUUGAAGAGGUAUUUAAAAUUCUAUGUUGGCUUGAAAAACUUGAAUCAUUGAAUUUAAGUCAAAACCCAUUAGGUUGUCAUAUCUCUGAUAACCAAUCUUCCAAUUCAUCUUUUGAUGAAGAUACUAUUGGUCUAUUAUCUACUGAAGGAGAAGAAAAUAUUCAACCUGUGAAUAGCUCUGAACUAUCUAUACAGGAUCAAAAUUAUUUUUAUUUUAACAAACUGUCAUCAUCAUCCAAGUCGAAUAAAAUACUUCAGUCUAAACAUAAUGAAAUUGAUUUCUCACCAAUUUUUCACAAUGAAUUCAUGAAUGAUUCAAUAGAAAAAAUUAAGUCGACUAACCAUCCAAAUGAUGGUGUUGGUAGUAAUGGUAAUCUCAAACAAACAAGAGGAAAUGAACCAUCUAACAUGAAAACGCUACCAAAGCAUCCUUCAGCUCCAUCUGAACUGGCUUUAAAUUCCGGUAUUAUAUCUCCUACCACAGUGUUUCCUUGUUUAAGUGUACUAGCAUUGAAUUCGACGUAUGUACCAUGGGAUUGGGUGAUUGAUCUACUUUAUCGACUACCAAACUUAACCGAUUUACACGUUGCACGUAAUAAUUAUGGAGCAGAAGAGCAGACUGAAGUAUCUUCUGAUCAUAAUGAUGAUAAUGAUGCAACACCAUUACCUGUAUUUCCUCAUUUACACAGUUUAUAUUAUAGCGAUAAUGGUAUAUCGAAUUGGUGGACAAUAUGUCGUUUGUGUAAACAUUUCCCUGGAUUGGAACAAUUGAUUUUAUUAGGUAAUCCUAUUGAACAUAUACCAUUUCCGCAAGAGAAUUUACAUACAUCUCAGCAUACUACUACUACAACAACAACUAAUAACAAUAACAAUAAUAAUAAUAAUAAUGACAAUAAUAAUAAUACUGAUAAUAAUACAUCAAGAAAUACUUGUUAUCAGCAUCAGUGUUUAUUUCAAAAUGUACAUACAUUAGGUUUAUCAGAAACACUAAUCAAUCAAUGGGAAAGUAUUGAUGCUUUGAAUGAAUGGAUGCCUAGUUUAACCAAUUUACGAUUAGGCAAUACUUUACCUGUAUUUCAGUCUUGGAUAGAACCUGAUUGUCGAGCUCAUGUAAUUGCCAGAUUACCAAAACUUACUACAUACAAUCGAAGUGUCAUUGAUUCAGAGGAACGUGAAAGUGCUGAACGAGAAUUUGUUCGAUAUUAUGGUCAAAUUGAUCCAGAUAAACGUCCUAAUCGUUAUUGGGCUCUAGAACGUCGACAUGGUCGACUUCAACCAUUAGCUAAUAUUGAUUUAUCUCCAAAACAGCAUAUUCGUGUACGUGUCACAAUGUCAGGGAAAGAAGUUUGGUAUAAUAUAAAUGUCAACUUAAAAGUAUCACAAGCUAAACGUCAUUUCUGUAAUUUAUUCAAUAUUACUAAUCAACAUGAAAUUAAACAUGUGAAAUUAUUUUAUUUUGAUCAAGUUAUGUCACAAAUUCAAGGUCCAGAAGAAUUAAAAUAUCCAAAUCGUAAUUUAUAUUCAUAUCAAAUAGAAACUGGUGAUUUAUUCGAAUUAAUACGAUAUCCAGAUUCUUGAUAAUAGAACUUUAACAAAAGUACAAUAUGAUAUGAAUGUUUGUGUGUGUAUGUAUGUAUGUAAUUUUGUUAAUCCUUUCUCUUUUUUGUGUGCAACACGGCUGUUUGUAUUAUAGUCGUUGAUUUAUUUGUUUUCAUUGUCAUCGAUUUCCCCUUCCCCCCCUUGUCUCUGUCUCUUACUCGUCAGUUUUCCUCUUUCCCCCAUUUGUCAUAUUUACUCUCCAUUCACAAUAUAAUAGUGUAUAUUCAUCCGUUCAUUCAUUCAUUCAUUUGAUCUUAUUAAUUGUGAAAUAAUGGUUUAUUGGUUAAGAUGUUCCACCGUCAAUCUUGUUUAUUUUUAUUCAUUUCCAUUGGAGCAGCUGAAUAGUAUCAUCGUUAUCAUUAUUUUGAAUCCUUUUACCUAUUGAAUAUGGUUCUCGGUUAAAGUCCUAAGUACUUGAUUAGUGACUUAUAUUGUCUGUGUCUAUGUCUAUUUGUGAAUGUAUGUGUAAAUAUGUACUACAUUAUAAUUGUUUUCUUAUUACCUUUUAUUCAAUUCAUUCAUACAAGAUGUGAUAGACUCCAAGUUUUUUUCUUCAAUUCUCUGAAAAAAAAUAUCCAACCCUUCAACAUAUUUUGUUUAAUUGUAUUGUAUUUAUUGAUUAAUUAGUAUAUUUGACAAAUCAAUCAUGAUCAUUUUCGAUCAUUUUGUGUAUGGGUGUGUGUGUGUGUGUGCUCUUCUGGCAGUUUUGUGAUUUUUAUUUUCCCGUUUUCUUUUGUUUGUUUUUUUGAGUUUAUCUUUCUUUCUUUUUUUUCGUGUUAUUUAUUUGUUUGUUUAUUUCCAUACAUUUUAAUUCCUUGUUGAAUAUAAAUAAAGCGCUAAGAACAAGACAUACAAAAUCAAAUGAAUUCAUCAUUAUAUUUC